UCGGUGCAGGCCGCUCUCGCCCACCGGCCCACUCAUGUUCGCGUCGCCGAGAAAAAAAGGCAAAACAGUGUGUUUUCUUUGCUCCUCUGUUUUUAGAGUUUUUCCUCCCUCAUCAACUGACUGCAUUUCUACGCCCCGUAGUGAGGGAUCACUGAAGGCUUCCUCUCCUCCUCCUGCCUUCUCAGCUAAUGCACACAGUGGGCGCCAACCCUUCCUUAUGGCCCUCAGGGCAGCAGCUCACACCUGUUCCUUCUGGUGAUUGAAAACAGGCUCCGAGGCUCUGCCUUGUGGAUCUCUCGUCUCAGGUGGUUUGCAUCCUCCUGGGAACAGGUGUGCUGAGGGGGAAACCUCGGUUAUAAAUGCACGUAAUUUAAUUGUAAACACCUGUUGACAGAGCUGCGCCUUGGCGGAACCAGUAAGAAGUUAGGUGUUUUCUUCCUCUUUUUGUUUAUUUUUAGCCUGUGUUUUAAUAUUUGUUGUCUGAUUGCUAACUUACGAGCACAACGCUCUUCUGUGUUAAUGAACGUGUGGGCGUUUCCCCACCUGAGUUUGGUGGCCUGCCCCGGCAGGGUCAGUGCCGCUGCCAACAAGCCCUCCGGCUGGCGAGGGCCAUGGAGACCAUGAUUAGAAUCUUCCAGUGCUUCUCCUGCCAGGAAGGGGACCGAUUCCAGGUCAACAAGGGGAUGAAGAUGCUCCCGCAGAGAGAGCUCACGACAUUUUCUUUUUCCUUUUUGUGCCAAAAGGACCCUCAGUUGAUUGAUAAGCUAAUGCAAGACCUGGACACCAAUAAGGACAAUGAAGUGGAUUUUAAUGAAUUUGUGGUUAGGGUGGGCGCCCUGACAGUUGCUUGUAAUGAUUACUUUGUAGAACAAUCGAAGAAGAAAGGAAAGUAGAGAUAAGUAGCAAGCUAAUCUAAAGGCAGAAAUAUAUCCAAAGUUAAUUACUUAUUAUUCAUUUAUCCCCUUCAAAGUUAUAGAUACUGUAAUGCAGCGGUUCUCAACCUGUGGGUCGCGACCCCUUUGGGGGUCGAACGACCCUUUCACAGGGGUCGCCUAAGACCAUCGGAAAACACAUAUAUAAUGACAUAUUGUUUUUGUGAUUAAUCACUAUGCUUUAAUUAUGUUCAAUUUGUAACAAUGAGAAUACAUCUUGCAUAUCAGAUAUUUACAUUACGAUUCAUAACAGUAGCAAAAUUACAGUUAUGAAGUAGCAACGAAAAUAAUUUUAUGGUUGGGGGUCACCACAACAUGAGGAACUGUAUUAAAGGGUCGUGGCAUUAGGAAGGUUGAGAACCACUGCUGUAAUGCCAUUUAUAGAUAGAAUAUACACAUAAUUAAUUGCUAGUAUUAGUAAAGGAUGUUGACUUUAUAUUGACUUUAAAGAAAUAUUUCAAAUCUCAUAUGUGCUACUUGAAGUUUCCCUCUUAUUAAAGCUGUUAUAUACAUUUUUUGUUUGUCAGAGAACAUAAAAAAAAUGUAGCUACUUUCAAAUGAGAUUAGAACUUAGCAAAAUUCUAAGACCGAUGUUCACCAUACUUAAAUUAUAUUUUGAGCUUCUUUCCUAUUAAAGAAAUUAAGUGGCUUCUGAUUCUGCUUCAAAUGGAAGGAGCUCUAAACAGAUUUCUCCUGUUAUUUCAUUUGAGAUCUGUUUCUUUGUCUCCUUGUUUUGGCUGACUCUUUUGUUUGUUUCUAUGUAUUAAGUAGAGCUGCUAUAUCUCCCAGGCUUAGUAGCGUGGCCCUAUGCAAUAGGUGUCCUGUAGGACCCAGUGGUGUAGCCUCUCGGUCACUUUAGGCGAACACCCCCUCCCCCCGCAACCCCCCACCCCGCUGUGAACUAUGUGCACUCUCCUGUUGAAGUUGAGCCUUGACAGCUAUGGCAUGUCAAUGGGAGGGAUUUAUCCCCAGGCUGAUCAGCUGUGAGGGCCAGCAGCAACUACAGUGGAGGGUCACCGAUGCAGGGGCUGACCCCACAGAGCGGGACUUUCUUCAGCAGGGCUCUGGUGCCUGCUGAGUCUGCCCCUUGAGUGUGUGGAUUGUGGAGGUGGUGGGUGGUGUUUUGGUGUAGUCUGAAACUGUCCACUGGGUGUGGUAGCUCUGGGGCUUCCUGGGAGGUACAGGCCAAACGUCAGUUGCGCCUGUGCCCUGCCCAGCAUGAGCUACAAAGAAAUCAGGUAACUGCUAUUUCUGCUGGGCUUAGAGGUUUCUG